GAGCGAGUGAUGGGAACGAGGUGUAUGUCGGGAAUGCAGCAGCAGGAUGGCGAUGCUGCUGAGAAGGCUCGUUAUGUUUAAUGAAUCGGGAUGACGACGUAGAUCUGCACUUGAUUCAGGUGAGGGGGGAGGUGAAAUGCCUCGUCGCACCGUUUUGAUGAGAAGUCUCCGGAGGCAUGGAGAUCAGCUUGCUUCAGCAUCCAGGCACGCUGCUUGGCAUGAACCAGCACGGAGCCUGAACGAAGAAAAGCGAAGCCUGGAGCUUGGUGGCCAUGUUGGCUUCGACAGUCUUCCAGACCAGCUGGUCAGCAAAUCAGUUGCUCAGGGUUUCUGCUUCAACAUCCUCUGUGUAGGUGAGACGGGGAUAGGCAAGUCAACACUGAUGAACACUCUUUUCAACACAACAUUUGAAAACGAAGAAGCUAACCACUAUGAACAAGAAGUAAAGAUAUGCUCACAGACCUACGACCUGCGAGAGAGCAAUGUCAACCUCAAGCUGACCAUUGUGCACACAGUAGGGUUUGGAGAUCAAAUCAACAAAGAAGAAAGCUACAAACCCAUCACUGAUUAUAUUGAUGAACAGUUUGAGAAAUAUCUUGAAGAGGAGCUCAAAAUAAAGCGUUCCCUGUGGAACUAUCAUGACACCAGAAUCCACAUCUGCCUGUAUUUUAUUGCUCCCAACGGACAUUCACUGAAAUCCCUCGAUCUCGUGACGAUGAAGAAACUGGACAGCAAGGUCAACAUCAUCCCUGUUAUUGCGAAGGCAGACUCUGUAUCCAGGAGUGAACUGGAUAAAUUAAAAAUCAAGAUCAUAAGUGAGCUGGUCAGCAAUGGAGUGCAAAUAUAUCAGUUUCCUACAGAGGAUGAGGCCGUUGCAGAGAUCAACUCUUCCAUGAACACUCUUCUUCCUUUUGCUGUGGUUGGAAGCACAGAGGAUGUUAAAGUUGGGAAUAAGAUGGUGAAAGCAAGGCUGUACCCCUGGGGAUCAGUACAGGUCGAAAAUGAAAAUCAUUGUGACUUCGUGAAGCUGAGGGAGAUGUUGCUGCGUGUUAAUAUGGAGGAUCUCCGGGAGCAAACACACGCUCAUCACUAUGAGUUGUAUCGUCGCUGCAAGCUGGAAGAGAUGGGCUUCAAGGACAAAGGCCCAGACAGCCAGCCAUUCAGCCUUCAGGAAACAUAUGAAGCCAAGAGGAAGGAGUUCCUCAUAGAGCUGCAGCACAAAGAAGAAGCCAUGAGGCACAUGUUUGUCAACAAGGUCAAGGAGACAGAAGCUGAGCUAAAAGAAAAAGAAAAAGAGCUUCACGAGAGGUUUGAGCAGCUUAAGCGCAUGCACCAGGAAGAAAAGAAAAAUCUGGAGGAGAAAAGGCGAGAACUGGAAGAAGAGAUGAAUGCCUUCAAUAGAAGAAAGGUGGCGGCUGAAACACUGAUGGGACAGGCCCUCCAAGGAUGCUCACAACAGCCAUUCAAAAAGGACAAGGACAAGAAGAAUUAAUUUAGGGAUCAAAACAUCCAAGGAAACCAGGAAUGUGUCUGCCGUCAGCAUUGGAAUAAUAGACUGACAUGUCUGAUGUUACUUACUGACACUGUAUGUGUGGACUGAAAAAAUAUGAGUCUGAGUAAUGUGACAGCUACAAGCCAUUGUUUACUUAUGGAUCAAAAAGGUAGCUUUGCGCAGUGUAUUUAAUUUGUCCAUAAUGCUGACUGUGCUUGACACGUGACAACAAAUCCAUGGACUGUUUUCAUAACAUGUAGCUUGUGUUAUUGUAGUUCCUUAUCAUGGAUGUGUGUGUUCAUCUCCAGUUGUAAGUAAUAAGUCUUUGGUUCUCAGUGAGACACUAACUGGACUUAUGGAAAUUGGUCAUUUACUGACUAAAGUCAUGGUUGUGAGUUUUUCUAAUUUAAUAUGAAAUUAAAAUUAAUUGUUUUUGUACUUAUUAAUGCAGGUAUUCCCACAGUUAUAUUGUAACAAAAAUAAUACUUUUUCUUAUUGUUUGAAUGUUUGAAUAUAAUUUCAUUGUUUAAAAUGCAUCUUAUGCAAAGUCUAUUGAGUAAAAAUAUAUUUACAUGGAGUCUGAAACUGAAAUUGAGAAAAAUAUGUGGCCUUUAUUUACAUUUAAAUAAAGGAUGGCUUUAGAAAAAACGGAAUACAUCAUCAGUUCAUCUAUCACCCGCAUCCAUCAUUCUCAGAACUCAAUUCUGGAGUUUCCAUCACAUCAGCCUUUUAGAAGAAAGAAAACAUUUCAGUUUGCAUUUAUUGACAUUAACAAACACAUUUAGCAGGUUCCUGUAAAAGCCCUGUAAUUUUGAUUUAGAGCUUCAGUCUUGUUUUUGCCCUUAAUCAGUUACAGUAAACAGGGUGCAUAACAGAAAGCUUUUACUGAAAUUUGCACUGAUUAUUAGUAUUUCAUGCGUUUUAAGGUUUGUCUUAACAGCUGCUGCUUUUACAGAUAUGUGACCUGCUUUUUCUUUCCUUUCCUAGCUUCUUUAGUCUACCAUCUGCGUGCUCCUUAACCUCCGGAAGAAAUUUGAAUUAGAGGACUUUCUGCCACAUCAAAUCAUCCCAGACUAA